AUGCCGGAUAUCCAGAAACUGUCCUUAGACGAACUGUACACGUCUGAGAAAAAUGGCAACGAUGAAACUGGAGAUGGCUCUUCCGAAAACCCCUUCAAGACUAUCUUACAAGCAAUGCGGCACGCUGGAAAAGAACCUUUUCCCACCAUAUACGUCGACUCCAAAGAAGAGGGUGGUAAAUACGAUGUUGCAGCUAAAUCACAAUUAAAGAAAAUACAAAAAAUAUGGGUUAGAGAGAUGCAUAAAGCAAACAACAAAGAAAAAUUGGAAGAAGAAAAGGAAGAGAAAAGACGCCAGAAUUUAGAGGAAGCUAAGAAGAUAGUUAUUAAAGAAGACCCCUCUUUACCAAAGGCCAUUACUGUGAAAAUACUUAAUGCUGGAGAAUACCGAGGUCAGAGAAUUUGCAUCCGUGGUUGGGUUCAUCGUAUGAGAUGUCAAGGCAAAGCUCUCAUAUUCUUAACUGUAAGGGAUGGUACUGGUUAUAUGCAGUGUGUACUCCACGGUGCACUCUGUCAAGUUUAUAACGCCCUUGUACUUUCAACCGAAUCUUCUGUGAUCAUGUAUGGAAAACUUGAAGCUGUACCGGAAGGACAAACGGCACCAGGAGGUCAUGAGUUGACGGUGGAUUAUUGGGAGCUAAUUGGUCUAGCACCAGCUGGUGGUACUGAUGCAGUUCUCAAUGAAGAAGCUCAUCCUGAUGUUCUACUGGACAACAGGCAUAUAGCAAUCCGUGGUGAAGCGACCAUAAAAAUACUUCGCGCACGUGCUUUAGUGACUCGCGCCUUCCGGGAACAUUUUAACUCAAGAAACUACACAGAGGUAACACCACCCACUAUGGUCCAAACGCAAUGUGAAGGUGGCUCAACUCUCUUCAAGUUUGAUUAUUUUGGACAACAAGCUUAUCUGACGCAGAGCUCUCAGCUUUAUUUAGAAACGUGCCUCGCGUCGUUAGGUGACGUCUAUUGUAUAGCGCAGAGUUACAGAGCAGAACAGUCCCGUACUAGAAGACAUCUGGCAGAAUACAGCCACGUUGAAGCAGAAUGUCCUUUCAUAUCUUUUGAUGAACUGCUGGAUAGGAUCGAAGAUCUGGUUGUGGAUGUUGUUCAACGUGUUCUAGAUUCACCAGAAGGGAACCUUGUUCGUGAGCUCAACCCUAGCUUCCAGCCUCCUCAGAAGCCUUUCAAACGCAUGACUUACAUUGAGGCAAUUGAAUACUUGCGUGAGAACAAUAUUACUAAGGAAGAUGGGUCAUUCUAUGAGUUUGGAGAGGACAUCCCAGAAGGUCCAGAGAGAAAGAUGACGGAUAAAAUUGGGGUGCCCAUACUUCUUUGCAAGUUUCCAGUUGCAAUCAAAUCAUUCUAUAUGUCGAGAUGUCCUGAAGACGAGCGUCUUACUGAAUCUGUGGAUGUAUUGAUGCCGGGUGUUGGUGAAAUUGUUGGCGGAUCAAUGAGGAUAUGGGACAAUGAGGAACUAUUAAAAGGAUAUGAACGUGAGGGCAUUGACCCUUCCCCAUACUACUGGUACACCGAUCAACGCAAGUUCGGUUCCGUUCCUCACGGUGGUUACGGCCUUGGCUUGGAGCGCUUCCUAUGCUGGUUGCUGGACAGAUACCACAUUCGUGAAGUCUGUCUCUACCCACGUUUCCUCGACAGAUGCACCCCUUAA